CGGGAAUAGAGCACACACAGUGCACUGUGCAUUUCUCCUAAGCCAUCGCGAUUUUUAGCUGCGCGUACGGCUCUCCAGCUGCCCGAGUACCGAAAAAGGGGAAUUUUAUCGUAUCGUGUGUCGUUUCGCUGCGGGAGCGUUGGAAAGGAAAGGUGGUCAAUUGUGUUUCAGCGGUGUGCGUAUAAACAGAAAAAGGGCCUCUUCAUGUGCAAAUUUGUGUGACAAAAAAGCACUCUCCAGCCAUCGCCGUAUAAAAUCAAGAAGCAUUCUCUCAAGUGGUGCACUUUGCUUUGCAGUCAAACGUACACACGGUGCAAGGGAGGGAGCGCGACAGAGAGGGUACAGGGCUAUCGUUGCCUUAAUUAAGCGAAACAUCGACGCGUGUUAAGUGUAAAUAUUUGGUGACAAAACAAAAGACGCAUCCAUAUCGCCGAGUGUUUACAGAGUGGUGUUUCAUUCAGCACAAGCUUUCGAAAGCUCGAACAAUUGUCGCAGCAUUGUCCAGUGCGUGUGUUUGUGUGUGUAUGUGAUACUUUUUUGCUCACUGUCUUCCCCCCCGGUUGUGGGGUUUCCACAAACGUGUCCGAAACGGUGACUGUUCCGGGGGAACGGUGUGUGGAAUGUCGCUGGAAAACAGCAUAGUUGUCCCACUUUCCGCCGCACACCGUACGACAUUCCGGCAGCAGCAGCAGCAGCAGUAGCAGCAGUUCGUGCUCAUCUUCUUCGUCGGUGGUGAAUACCGGAAUCGGCAGUGGUGUGGCCGUUUGCCAAAAAAUGAGCCGAAACUAAUAGCAGUCUAACGACGAAGUCGCUACAAAAAACACGCCCCAUACUUAGUACCGAAAUUCCGCAGAGCCGCGAGCUCGUUUCUCUCCACCAUUGGGCCAGCAUCUCUUGCGCGCGUGUUCCGUAAGGAGGAGGAGAGCUCCAAAUACCGGUAACGGUACAGCGGAAAAAAAGGCAAGGAAAAGCUUCACCCGCCCGCUCCGUCAGGGGGGAAAGGAAAGCAAAAACUGUGCCAACAGUACUGUGAAGACGGCAGCGACGAACCAGCAGACAGAACCAGCGUGUGAGUUGGGUCGUUUUCAUCUCUUCUCAUCUCAGGGAAAGGAGAGCGCAUUUUAAGCAUGGGAAAUUGUGAGCUACUUAAUUUUCUUGUGACGUGACAAAGUAGAGCAACAACCAUAAACGCGCUAACCUGCCUUGGCCGGUUCAUUCAUUCCGGUGAAGUUAAAACGUUCGCUUCGUUGUGUGAAGCUUUGCUGGUGCCGCGCUGGGUGAGGUGGAGAGAGUUAUCUAAACAACAACAAACCGCUCGGUUCGCGGUCAGAAGCCGCGUUAUCACCAGCACAAGGGGUAGCCUGAUCCGCGAGAGCGAGCGCGCAGCACACAAUCACGAACGUGCCUAAAUUUCCGCGAUGCUAUCACUGCGCACACACCAUCACCAGUAAAGCAACGCCCGGCUCGCCGCGAAAACGCAUCCCAAAAUCGACCCCGAAAGCCAUUAAUAUUCACACCCCGGCGCCCGGCAACGACGAGACACGUACACGUUUGGCAUUUUAUUAUUAUUUUUUGCCGGCGUACGACCAAUAAUACACACCGACGUCCGGAGGCGGAAAAUGUCCACCGGAAAGCCUGCGGACUUACGGUAGUGAGGUGGCGAAGAAAGCGGUUGAAAGGGGGACCAACGAUGAUGGUGAUGGUAUUCCAGCUCGUCGCCCCACCAUGUUUGGCCAUGCCAUGAUGUCAUUCGAUGUGUGAAUUAGCUGAACCAUCAGCCCAUACGAACGGCGAGCCCCGUCGUCGUACUCUGUUGGUGUCGUACGCAAAGCGACCGGACCGGUCUGGAGAGCUUUCGCUGGCGAGCAACGACGAGUUGGUCGAAAGCAAACAAUCCGAAGGCCACUACUUCCCGGUGAUGUGUUAACUAAUAGCGACAGAAAAAACACACGAAAAAACGCAUCAAAUAAUAAGGAAAGGAGGGGGGCACGUCGCACGUUAUUCGGGGGGCACAUGCCGCGGUUACUAGAUCCAUCAAAGUAUAAUCACCCAUUGCUGCUCAUCGCCCACUGAUUGUAGCGAUAGUGUGAUCACCAAAAAAACGGUUCCAUCCAUCAUAAAAGGGCCGCCCCGUGGUAGAAGGGGUUGAAAUUGAAGAAGGGAGCUCAACACAAAAAAACUGUACACCAACCUUCAAAGUUUAUCUAUUUGACGCUGUUAACACCGGUGGAUGUGUGUGUGUGUCUGUGUGUGUUUGUGUUUUAGUAGAACCAACACAAAAAGAAAAGGUUUCGCACCCAGCGAUGAGCAACGAAACUGACCAGGAAACGGCUGCUACGACUGGCGAAGGAGGAGGGGAUAUUGUUAAAAGCUCCACCAUGAUGUCGACUCAACAUCAACAUCACCAUCAUCAUCACAUAAUGUCCACCAGCGUGGAGGAGGUGGAUGAGCAGGUACUGGAAAUGACACAGUCAACGACCACCGUCAGCAGCAGCAACAGCAGCAGCGGCAAUACCACCAACAACAUCCACAGCCGGGCGCAAAAGUCAUACAAAAAUUUGCAUGAAUUUUCAGAGGAAAUGCUGGAAACCGAAAAGGCCGGCCUAGUGGAGCGAGUGUACGAUCUCGAGCGGCAGGUACUGGAGCACAAGGAUGAGAUCGUCUGUCUCAAGUCCACGCUGGCCGAUGUAUUACGUCGGCUGGCCACGAUAGAUAACAGCUACGAGAACAGUACGAGUGGCAGCGGCCGCGGUGGUACCGGGACGCCUGCGGCGGGCGGUACGGGAGGAAGCAGCGGCGGACAUCAUACGGUCAGCGAUAACGUUUCCGCCAGUGGGCAGAAUAGUUUAUCCAGCAAAAGUUUUCGCUUCUCCCGCAACACACUCACGAGGCUAAAUUCCACCGUGGAUGAAAAACGCUUCGGUCGCGUCCCGUCGCGGGUGACCAGCUCGCCGUCCCGCGUAAAGACGAACCUCGCGCAAAAGGCCAUCCACUAUUCGAACGGCUCGCUGCACUCCGACUCGAUGAGCAGUCAUUCGAUCUCGCCCGCCCCGUCCCCUUCGCCGCGGCAACCGAAUGCGUCCGCCGUGGCCAACUCGCACCAUGCCCUGCUCGCGUCGUCCGGCGGCAUGGGCAAGCGGUGGUCCUCGACGGGGGAUUUCAUCAGCACACCCGGCAGCCCGAGCGGCACCGGAAGCAGUGGAAGCAUGUCGAGGUUUUCGGCCAAAUCACUGCUGAAUCUCAGUGGCAACUCCAGCCGCCAGGGCCAAACGCAUCCGUACGUGCAGCGAAAGAACGAGGACGACGAGUACGUGAAGCUGUACAUCAGCGGACGGCCGAUCGUAAUUCACCUUCCCGAAGCACAACUGUCCACGUACGAGCUGACGAAGGUGCAGCCGGCCCCGAACAGACGCUUGCGGCUCGAUUGGGCCUACGGCUACCGCGGCAAGGACUGUCGGUCCAAUCUGUACCAGCUGCCGACCGGCGAGAUGGUGUACUUUGUGGCAGCCGUCGUCAUCCUGUACAACAUGGACGAGCACACGCAGCGUCACUACCUCGGGCACACGGAUGACGUGAAGAGCCUGGCCGUCCAUCCGAACAAGCUGCUGGUGGCCAGCGGUCAGUGCGGUGGACAUGAAGGGCGCGAUUCGCUACCUCACAUCCUCAUCUGGAACUCGGUCUCGUUGGCCACGCUCAACAUGAUCGGUUGCGGCGAGUUUACCGGUUCGAUCAACUGCCUUUCCUUCAGCCGAGCGGACAGUGGCAGCAUUCUGGCCGCAAUCGAUGAUUCGCCGGACAAGAUCAUCUCCAUCUGGGACUGGCAGAAGAAGGAGGGCGGCCGCAAGAUCACCGAAACCAAGUGCUCGGUCGAUACGGUGGUGGCGGUCGAGUUUCACCCCCUCGAUAAGGGACAGAUCAUUACGAUAGGGAAAAAUCAUAUCGCCUUUUGGUCGCUCGACCAGAAUGGCAUGCUGUACAAGCGGAUGGGCGUGUUCGAGAGCUUCGAGAAGCCCAAGUACGUGACGGCCAUCUCGUUCACGCAGACGGGCGACGUCGUGACCGGCGAUUCGAGCGGCAAUCUGGCCGUGUGGAAGCGGGGCACCAACGUUAUCAGUCGCUUCCUGAAGAAGGUGCACGAGGGACCGGUGUUCUCGAUCUGUGCCCUGCGCAAUGGGGGCUUCGUGACGGGCGGCAAGGAUGGACUGCUGCUGCUGUUCGACGACGCGCUGCACAUCAAGGCGGAACAGAUCGUCGAAGCACACUUCGGAGCGGUGCGAGUCGUAGCGGAGGGCAAAGGCUCGCAGCUGCUCAUCGGUACGACGAAGAACUGCAUACUUUCCGGCGACUUUACCCUCAGCCUCGUGCCGAUCGUGAUGGGCCACACGGACAUUCUGUGGUCGCUGGCAACGCAUCCGCAGGUGGCACAGUUCGUCACCGGCGGGCGGGACAGGUUGCUGCAGCUGUGGGACUCGCUGUCGCACUCGGUCGUGUGGAGCAAGGACAUCGGCGAACCGAUCCACGCGGUCCAGAUAGCGAAUGCGGGCGACGUGAUUGUGGCGGGCGGUGUCGGUGGCCGUUGGUCGGUGUUCGAUAUCGUAACCCGGGAGCUGUUGGCCACGUACACGGACGGGCAGGAGGUGAUACAGUGCAUGCAGUUCUCACCCGACGGUAAUCUGCUGGCGGUCGGCUCCAAAGACAACUGCAUCUACAUCUACCAGUGCACGAAGGUGGCGCACCGGUUUUCCAAGAUUGGAAAGUGCACGGGUCAUUCUAGUUUCAUAUCACAUCUCGAUUGGUCCAAGGACAGUCAAGUGUUGCGAUCGAACUCGGGCGACUACGAAAUAUUAUACUGGAAUCCCACGCUUUGCCGCCAAAUAACGAGCCAAAGCACGGUAAAGAACCUUGAAUGGGCCACCCAAAACUGCUCGGUCAGCUUUGAAACGAUCGGCAUUUGGCCGGAAAAUUUCGACGGCACGGACAUCAACAGUGUGUGCAAGGAUGGCGAGGAGCAGUUCCUGGUUUGUGCCGAUGAUUUCGGCAAAAUUCGACUGUUUAGUUUCCCAGCUUCGCAGCCAAAGUCGCUAUCGCAUAGUUACAGGGGACACAGCAGCCACGUAACAGCGGUACAGUUUAUGCACGAUGGCGUCCGUCUUCUGUCGGCCGGCGGUAUGGACACGAGUGUACUGCAAUGGCGAGUAGUGUAAGAGCCUUUCGAGGAACAGCAACAGGAAGGAGGGUUUACAUUCCACAAAGAUUCACAAAGCAUUUUCAUUCCGCUUCCAAUUCUACCGCCCGGCUGUGUGUUGUCUCCGUCUCCCCUUUGGCAAACAGUCUGGGUCGGGGCCAGCACAGGGUGUGCGUGCGUGCGUGUGAUGAUGAGGAAGAACAAAGUUUAUUUUAUAUUUUAUCUAGCACCGAUACUAACUUAUUAUUUUAUCACAAUUAUUGUUAAGCGUAAACCGGCGAAUAAAUUAAUCGUUCUAAAAGA